CUCAAAGUAAAGCCGCUGCUCCUCCACAUCGAGAGGAGCCAGAUGAGGUGGUUCGGGCAUCUGGUCAGGAUGCCACCCGAACGCCUCCCUAGGGAGGUGUUUAGGGCACGUCCAACCGGUAGGAGGCUACGGGGAAGACCCAGGACACGUUGGGAAGACUAUGUCUCCCGGCUGGCCUGGGAACGCCUCGGGAUCCCCCGGGAAGAGCUAGACGAAGUGGCUGGGGAGAGGGAAGUCUGGGUUUCCCUGCUUAGGCUGUUGCCCCCGCGACCCGAGCUCGGAUAAGCGGAAGAUGAUGGAUGGAUGGAUACAUAUAAAUGUGGUGCAUUCAAGGACCCUCAGUUAAAGUUAGAAACAGAUGUCUGUUUUAAACACAGGGGGAGACUUAACCCCUUGGAGAUGCUUGCGAGAGCAUUUCACCUGUGUGUGUGUGUGUGUGUGUUCUGGCAAUGCUUACUUAUUGGGGACGUCGCUCUGUUUACAAAGUCACUUUAGGGGAUCUUUGAUGUUAUGGGGACAAAAAAAAAGGUCCCCUAAAAGGAAACCUUUUUAAAUCCAUUCUGAAGAUGCCUAAGGGAUUUUCAAGCACAGCAGCGCCCCUCAUAGGGCGGUAGCUGGUACUGCACUCACUGUUCAGCUCAAAUCCCUACACUGACUACCAAUAAAGGGAACUAUGCUCACAAUUCUGCUAUUAUGGAGUCAGGAAAGGGUAAAGUAGUGCCAUUCAAACGACCACCUUAAGAAGCUAAAGGAAAUUACUUUAUGCACUGUGCACAUUGCCAAGGACUGUUUACCAGAAAGGUACUGUGUAGACACAUGCAAAGUUGUUGCCUCAAACCUGCAUCAGUCACCCGCAAACCAGGAAAGAACCGAGUCCAAUCCAUGUGUACAUAUACUGGGUCUGUGUCUUCAAGUGUAUCCAAACAACUGUGGGGAGUAAUAAGCGUCAUGAUUCCUGAUCCAAUCACAGAAAUAAUCAAAUAUGACCAUGUCAUCACAGAUGUUGGGCAGCACCUGUUGAACAAAAGUGGUAUGUCAGCAAAAAAUCAACAAUGUGUCAGAGAGAAGAUGCGGGAAUUAGGAAGACUGAUUCAUAAUGCCAGGAGAGUAACUACCUUGAAAAAAAUUGAGGAUUUUGUGAAUCCUAAGAACUACUUGGAGAUGGUCAAAGCUGUCAAAUGUACUUUUGGCUAUGAUGGUGACACUAACAAAUUCUGCAUUCCAUCACUGGCAACUAUACCUGGACAUUCCCCGGUUAAAGUCAGCAAACCCCUUGAAAGCACAAGGUUUGAUAAACAACAAUGAAGCGUUGGUAAGGAAUGACACUCAGUUCCAAGAAGUCAAUCAUGGGAAGUGGAACGAGUUGAUCUCUGCAACAGCCCUGAGAAACAUAGCCGAAGAAAAGUGGAAUGCACCACAACUCAUGCCCUUCACUGAGGAUGUUCAAAAAAUGCAUCCGUUUAUCAGUCAAAUGCAUGAUGAGUGCAGGAGUGCGCUAUCUGAAAAUUCUUCCUUAAAGGCCUGGUCAGACCUGACAAAAGUAUGUUUGACACAGAUCAUCCUUAUUUAACAGACAAAGAGAAGGAGAGGUAGCAGCCAUGCCCUUGUUGGGUUUUUUGUCAAGAGACACAACUGAUCCUCACAAAGAUGUUGACUGGGCACUCUCUGAAGUGGAAAAAAAAACUGCAGACAUUUUUCAAGUAUUGUCAUCAGGAGAAAAGAGGCAGACCAGUUCCUAUUCUCUUGACUCCAAUAAUGGUGUGUGCAUUAGAAACUUCUCAUCAAGUACAGGGAAACUUGUGGGGUUCUCAAAGACAACAAUUACCUGUUUGCAAACACCCACAGCGAUGACACAUUUCCGUUCUGACUGCAUACGAGACUAUGCAAAAGCAUGUCAUGCAAAGUGUCCUGUGUCACUUACAUCCACGAAACUACGAAAACAUGCUGCCACCCUUUUAACUGUGCUAAACAUGACAGACACAGAGAUGGACCAGCUGGCCAACUUUCUUGGCCUUGAUAUUAGAAUCCAUCGCGAGUUCUGUAGACUUCCUGAAAAGACACUGCAGCUGGCAAAAAUCAGCAAAGUUUUGAAGGCACUCGAGCAAGGUCGACUAUCAGAAUUCCAUGGCAAGAACUUAGAUGAAAUCACAACUGGUCCAAAUGAAUGUGUUUUGGAAACUGAAGAGGAAGCUCUAACCAGAGAGGAUGAAAACUAUUAUUUCCCUGAUAAUGGUAAAGCUGCCCAGAAAAAGCGACCCUCGACACAGAAAGAGGAGCUGCAGCAGCUUGAGCGGUCUAACUCGGACUUCCAAAAGGAGAUCAGAGCACUAAAAAAAGAUGUCCAUCGUUACACGACAGCUCUUGAGCGCCACAAGCCCUUUUGUCGCCUCGGGGCGUCCGCCCUCACUACGACAUCCAGCCAGGCUCCUGAACCUGUAGACCCCAAUAAGAGCACACGUCCAUCGCUCUCAUCCGCCCUAUCUUCCCACAGUGUUUUUACACCUCCUCCCCAUUCUGUCUUCUUCAGAGGCUUCUCCACGCCAGCCAGCGCUGAGAUUGACAAUCUUUUCCAGGUGGAACUCCAAGAUAUGGCCGCUUCUACCACGCUUCCCUCUGAACCACCUUUAUCUGCAGAAAGUUUUGGAGCGCCCUUGCUUGAUCUGCAUGAAUUUACUGGAAAUUCUGACAACUUGCACUAUCAGUGGUCCACAUCUUUUGCACAGGCCAGUGAAGAUACUGCUUUGAAGCCAAGCGAGGAGCUCAUGUCGGCAUCUAAGCUUCUGCUCUCCUUGCUUUCCAAUCCCAGUCCUUCCGGUAACCUUCCGACGUCAAGCAGCAACCUGGAUGUACCGUUCCAAUCAAAUGCCUCCUCACUAGCUAUGAUGGAGGAAUGUCCAGGGAAUCUGUCAUUUUCGGAUCUCCUGGAGGACAAUGAGUGGAUUUUAAAUGCAGGGACAAGUGAGUAGUAGUGUCAUGUGUGGAAUACUGGAACAUGUUGCUUCCAACAUUGUUCAGUCAGAGGUUUAUUUACACUCAUCAUGGGAAUGAAUGUCACAUUCAUGUUAACCCAUCAUGAUUUAUUUGAACUGUCCUUUUUAUUGCAAGGAAAUUAUUACACAAUGUAAAUUUUCAGUGUGUACAUCAAAAAAAACUUUGAUUCUCAGAUCUUCUCUGCGGUGGAGGACUUUCCAUUGCUCUGAGUGUUGUUGGAUGAAAUGAGUCAUGCUGCCAAAGCAGCAUUAUCACCUGCAUUACCGCCUCUUCCUCUAGGCAGAUCUCGCACCAUCAAUAGGUCUUAUAGUUUUACGUGAAGAAGCGCAUGUAACAUGUCAAACCAAUUAACAGCGUCAUAUAUUAUUCUUUGGGGGAGGAGGGGCGUAAAAAAUAAUAAUUGAGACACACUUUGUUAAAGACAGCGAUGCAUUUUUACACAGCUUUUCCAAGCAUCCUAUUUUCAUUUUGGAUGCGUCCAAUAUUUGUAUUUACACACAGGAACAAAUUAUUUUACCAACAACAAAAAUGACCAGAGUCAAAAUGAUUAGGUGCAGCUUAAAACACCAUCCUAGUUUGAGAGACAGCAAGUGUUGGAAGCCAUGUGCUCUGAUUAAUCAAACCUAUUUGAAGUCAUUAGUGAACUGGGAGUCAUGUCAAGGUUGAAGGAAUCCUGUAGAAAGAAGGAUAUUAAGGAAAACCUCAAGAAGUCAGCAUAAAAACUGGGAAUGGGUCCAUGCUUUGUUUUCCAAAAUUAUAACGACCCAAAACAUACGUCACUCCUGGUGAAAAAGAGUGCCAGCAUGCCAUAGUGAAUGUUAUUGAAUGGCUUGCACAAAGCUCCAACUUGAAUCCCAUCCACAAUCUUUGGGGAAAAUUGAAGACCAAAGUCCAUGGCAGAAAACCGUUGAAUUUUGCAGAGCUUGAGAGGUUUGCCAAAUAAGAAUGGGCUGGGAUUGCUCAUGAAAUUUGUGAGAGACUUGUGAAAAACUGUAACCAUGGAUUACAGGCUGUUAUCCCUCAAAGAGAACACACAAUUUCUUGUUGGGGUUCAUCAUUUUGACUGGUCAUUUUUGUUUUUUGUGAAAUAACUUUUUUUGUUUUUUGUGAAAUAACUUUGUUCCUGUGUGUAAAUACAAAUAUUAGAAGCAUCCAUCCAUCCAUUUCCUACCGCUUUUUCCCUUUGGGGUCUCGGGGGGCGCUGGUGCCUAUCUCAGCUACAAUCGGGCGGAAGGACGGUGUACACCCUGGACAAGUCGCCACCUCAUCGCAGGGCAAUAAUAGAAGCAUCCAAAAUGAAAAAAAUGCAUUGCUAUGUUUUACAGCCCUUUCAAAGGAGGGAUAAUAGUUUUGUCCUCAACUCUAUAUUCAUUUCAUCCUAGAAAAAAAAACAGUUCAAAUUAAUCAUUUGAACAUUUUAAACAUUUAUAGGUGAAACAAUUCAACAUGUCUGAAAAAGAGUCGGCUUCACGGUGGCAGAGGAAUUACUGCGUCUGCCUCACGAUACGAAGGUCCUGAGUUCAAUCCCGGGCUUGGGUAUUCCGGCUUCCUCCCACCUCCAAAGACAUGCACCUGGGGAUAGGAUGAUUGGCAACACUAAAUUGGCCCUUGUGUGUGAAUGUGAGUGUGAAUGUUGUCUGUGUAUCUGUUGGCCCUGCGAUGAGGUGGCGACUUGUCCAGGGUGUACCCCGCCUUCCGCCCGAUUGUAGCUGUGAUAGGCACCAGCGCCCCCAAAGGGAAUACGCGGUAGAAAUGGAUGGAUGGAUGAAAAGGAGUAAAAACAAGCAGCUAUUAAAUUUCAAAUCAAGUGUGUGUGUAAACCUGUGACUUGAACUGUUAAUCAAAAAAUGAAACAAGGGUGCUGCAUAUAAAACAUUUUCUGCCUCAAGCAACAAACACUGGGAAAACUCCUGCCUUAUAUUUAUUUGUGUCACCCAUUGCAUUGACUAUUUAACACAUUGUUUAUUCCUGUGCAAUAAUAUACUGCAUGCAUAUUUGUACACUUACUAAUGAAGUGCAAAACUGGUGAAAAAUAGACCAAUAAAUGAUUUAUAAAUCA